GUGUAUCUUGUCAGGGUGCUCUUCAGUCCCCAGCUGCCUCACUCAUUGCAUAUCAUCAUUCUCGGAAGAUGGACGGGUACGCCCCCAUUCCUGCCUCCCAGAGAGAACGUGCGACAGCGUUCCUGCUACACCCGGUAGCCGGCCGUAGGGGCGCUCUGGAAAGGCUGUUGCGCGUGCACACGUGUGCAGCGUUGGAGACAGCCUUCGGGGUCGCGCGUUCUCGCGCGCGCCCUCUAGUGGCUUCGGAGGGCAGAGCUGACAGAACAAGAGGGCGGGGCUGGCGGCGACGGAAGUGAAGUCACUUCCGGGCUGGGGUGUUUGUUUGGACUGGAGAAGGGAGGCGGCGGGCGAAGCGCACGUCGAGCGGGGGAGCGGCGCUGCCUGUGGAGAUCCGCGGAGGCCGACAGGAUUCGUUGGCUGCCGUCCCCGCUGCUGUGCAUUGGGUUAAAAACGACAACCAGCAUCAGCCAUGAAAGAUCCAAGUCGCAGCAGUACUAGCCCAAGCAUCAUCAAUGAAGAUGUGAUUAUUAACGGUCAUUCUCAUGAAGAUGACAAUCCAUUUGCAGAGUACAUGUGGAUGGAAAAUGAAGAAGAAUUCAACAGACAAAUAGAAGAGGAGUUAUGGGAAGAAGAAUUUAUUGAACGCUGUUUCCAAGAAAUGCUGGAAGAGGAAGAAGAGCAUGAAUGGUUUAUUCCAGCUCGAGAUCUCCCACAAACUAUGGACCAAAUCCAAGACCAGUUUAAUGAGCUUGUUAUCAGUGAUGGCUCUUCUCUGGAAGAUCUUGUGGUCAAGAGCAAUCUGAAUCCAAAUGCAAAGGAGUUUGUUCCUGGGGUGAAGUACUGAAAUAUUUGAGUAGACGGGGCCCUCUUUUGGUGGAUGUAGCACAAUUUCCACACUGUGAAGGCAGUAUUAGAAGACUUAAUUGUAAAAGCUCUCUCGUCACUGUGUUACACUUAUGCAUUGCCAAAGUUUUUGUUAGUCUUGCAUGCUUAAUAAAAGUGCUGAGACUGUUAUUAAGUAAAAAGCUGUCAAACAUUUACUGAAAAUAGAAUUGGCCCCAUGGCUUGAUGUGAAGACAGCAAGGAAAGAAGCACCAGUCAAGUUGUGAACAAGCACCAAAUUAAAAGACCUAAACCUUACUAAAUUGUCUUUUUUUGAGGCUAAUCUAUCACUUGUUAAUGUCUAAACUUUAAAAUCAGUACAUUUGAGUUCCAGCUGUUAAGCAUAUUUCUCAGACUUAAAUUGGAUUAUGUCCGCAUCAAAAAGAAUCUCCGUUUUCUGAAGGUCUGUUCGUUAAUUUGAGAUAAUUUGUUAAAGACAAGUGUGUCAUAUUACUGAGGCUACAAGUUAGUCAGCAGAUGAGUACCAGUCCAGCCUUUUCUGGUAUGUUAUUGUUAGAAAUAUUGAGUUCUAAUGUUACAUCUGAGGAAGUAUGUAAUUUGAGAAUUGUAACUUCUAAGGGAUUCACUGCAUCAUAGCUAUGCCUGUAUGGAGUCUAACAUAUGACCAACACCAACCCGUAAUCCAGCUGAACAAAGAUACUGUAACAUUAUGAUUUGAGUGGUGCUUUUCCUUGCUUUGUUAACCAUCACAAGAGUCUGCAGCACAACUUUUCUUUUAACAAAGCUAGAACAGUUUUGGCUUCUUAAACUUCAUAUUUGGGUAGGUUAAGCUGCCAUACGUGUUCAGUGUGAAUAGUGUUUAAGUUGAAAAUAUUGUAAAAAAUUAUAUUUUUUCAAAAAUAUUUAAAAAAAUAAAUAAUAGUAGAACUGA